AUGGCGGACCAGAGACGGAAAUUGAUGCGCCUCAAACGGUUCGUCAAAAGCAACCGCAGACUGCUGUUACUGAUCAUGACGCUAUUUACUAUCAACCUUCUUUAUAACCUACGUGCCUCAAACUCCAUUGAGUUUGAUCUCGGAGACGAGUACGCUGGCACCUUCAAGGAGAAAUAUCUCAGAACAAUCAAGUCUAGGGACCAGCUAUACACGGAUGAAUUUUACCAAAAACUCACCGUCAUGGGCCAAAUCGAUGAUCUGGUGAACGAACCUGUCGAACGCGUGUCCUUUAAUGAGACAUUAAAUCCGAUGGACGUUCUGAAGGAAAAAUACCCAAACGGUAAUGACUACACCAGCCUCGAUACAGCUCAGCAGGCAAAUGUGUACCUGAACGAUGUGCUCCCGAAAACAGGCUUUAAAUUCAGACCUAUCCAAGAGACCAUCUACCGAGAUAUCUACAAUCCCAAAAAUUAUCUGGAGUCCAGGCUGUCGAAAUGGGUGGCUUUGAAGGACAUUCUUUCGCCCGAGGAAAUGAGCGAACUGGGUCUUACAGAUGAACUGUUCAAGUCAAACUUGCUAAGGAUAAAGGAUCUCAAGCUCAAGAUCAACGAGAACUCCUCGAGAGAGAUCCUCAAUACCCUGAACCAUAUGAGAAUAGUCAAUAAACUGUUCUUUCAAAAUCCAGCUCCUCUUGAAACCUCCGAAAUGAACGACCUUUGUCGUGAAGCAACAAAGGUGGUGUAUCCAUGGCUUUCCGGAUACCAUCCCACCUUCACAAAGUACAACAAACGUAUGGAUGAAGUUAAUGCCGAUGUUUUCGGGGAAGAUGAUUCUACCUGCUUGCUGAAAAAAAUUCAAACGAAACUAUCCGGACGGGGAAUUGUCAUCACAGCUUCAGACGGCCAGGUGCCAGAGUUGAGCGGAUUGCUUGCCCUUCUCAGGGUUUCUGGAAACAAGCUUCCAAUCGAAAUUUUUCACAACAACGAUCUCAGUUUGACGUCCAUCAAGAAAUUGAUCGAAGUCGCGACAGACCCAAUCAUGAAACUGCCAAAGGGCACCAAAUUUGCCAAGCAGCCAACUCAAGAUCUUACCUUUGUAGAUGUUUCCAAAACUGUCAUUUUCCGCUACAAGCACUUCUUCCAGAGGUGGUACAUGAAGCUGCUGGCCUGCUUGUUCAGCUCCUUUGAGGAGAUCAUUGUUUUGGACACAGAUACCGUUCCACUACUUGGCAUUGAAGAAUAUCUGCAAUUGCCUGCUUACAGAGACACACAUUCACUGUUUUUCAGGGACAGAGAAGCAAACUCGUUCCUUUACGAGGGAAUCAUGAAAUUCUUCAUUGAGUUUUUGAACAGUGACGUAGAGCGUGAUUAUCUCCAGUUGAAGGUGCCUUCAGAUGAGACUUUACACAAUAGAUUCUUUGGAGAGAAGGCAAGACACUACAUGGAGGCUGGCCUAUUUGCUCUCAACAAGAAAGAAAAGUUUGAUGGUCUGUUAAUGGCUGUAUCGAUGCCAUUCUUUAAGCUGAUCUCCAACUCAGUGCAUGGAGAAAAGGAAUUCAUCUGGCUCGGUCAAGAAUUUAUGGGCAGGACCUAUAGAUUCAAUUCGCAUCCAGCUGUCGCUGUGGGCACGUUGACCGACAAAAAGCAUCGGCUGGUGGCAAAUGAGCUGUGCUCAACCCAUCCAGGACAUAUAUCUGACGACGCCAAGAGUUUGCUGUGGUUCAAUUCAGGAUUCUUGACAUGUAAACGUCCAGAUUCGUAUUUUAAAGACAUCAACUACGAAAGGAAUGAAGGGAAGGACUUGUUGCAACUGAAGAAAGAGUACAUUUCUCCAUUGCAUAUCACGAGCGCCCUCAUUCCUCCUCCAGCAGAAUACAAUCUUGAUUCUGGAGAUGGGGAGCCAACACGUGGUUGGGUAAUGACGUCCCAGUGUGAGAACUAUCUUUGGUGUGCUUACGAUGUUAUUGGUGGAGGUAAAAACGAAAAGAUCCCCAAAGGGCAGGUUAUUUCCUUCAGUGCCCAAGACACCGAAAAAUGGGACAACCUCGGAGAAAUUUGGGUGACUUACUUCAAACUUGCCAGUAAAGGCACAAAGACUGACUUGGGCUACGUUGAAGACGAUGCGUUUGAUGAGUUGGGCUUAGACAAGAUGCCAUUUGGAGAGGAAGAAGACACUGGAAAUUCAUACCAGAGAGGUGGAUUUGCCUCAUCCAGUGGCUCUUUUGGAGGAGCUACGAAAGCAGGCAAAAAGGGAGGUGGUGCUCCAGAGAAGGGUUCGGGCAUGAAAAUCAAAAAGCCAGUUAAAGGACAGAAGUCCAAUGACGCUUCAGAUUAUGAGGAGUACAAUGACCCUAGAAAAACGGCUACUGCUGCAAGCUCAAAGAAAAAAACGGGCAGUUCCAGCAAGACUACAUUGAACGAUGACGAUGCGGAUUAUUUUGAAAGUGAUGGCUCCGAAAUGAGCAAAGGUUAUAAAGAAACCGAUGACUUCGAUUCAGUGGUGAUCGAUGACGAGUUAUCUCGGGAGGCGGCUGAAAAGUCCAGCUCAUUGUAUAAGGCUGGAAAGAACAUAAAUGAGUUUUUCAACGCGUUUGGGUUUGGGUCACGAAACAAAAUUGACUCUUCAAAAUUAUCCUCCUAUGCUGACGAUUCGGAGAUAGACCUGGAAUCUUAUGCCGCUCAGAAAGAGGGAUCGAACUCAGAAAAGGAUGUUUUCAGCGAAGAACUUCUGAAGGAGCUGCAGGCUGAGAGUGCUCAAAAUUAA